AGCUCUGUAUGCUGGCUGUGCGCCAUCUUAAAGUAAGUAAGGUGCUUGGAGAGAGAGUCAGAGCAACUGAUUAUUCGAAAGACGAGGCCUUUUCUCCCCCUUUUUUUACAUUAUUUCUGAUCAAUGGCUGGUCUACCAAGAAGGAUUAUCAAGGAGACUCAGCGGCUCAUGGCCGAGCCUGUACCUGGAAUAAGUGCCACACCUGAUCAGUCAAAUGCUCGAUAUUUCCAUGUGGUAGUUGCAGGGCCAUCAGAGUCUCCGUAUGAGGGAGGUGUUUUUAAUCUAGAACUCUUUCUUCCGGAAGAAUAUCCUAUGUCAGCACCAAAAGUGAGAUUUCUGACAAAAAUAUAUCAUCCAAAUAUAGAUAAACUUGGCAGGAUAUGUCUAGAUAUUCUAAAAGAUAAAUGGAGUCCAGCAUUGCAGAUUCGUACUGUUCUUCUGUCUAUUCAAGCACUACUCAGUGCCCCAAACCCAGAUGAUCCCUUAGCAAAUGAUGUAGCAGAACAAUGGAAACUAAAUGAGGCAGCAGCAAUUCAGAAAGCUCGUGAAUGGACUCAGCUUUAUGCUCAGAAUACUGUGUGAGCUGCAAAGAAAUAUCAGCUGAUGUGGCAGCAAGAGACAGUAAAAUGAUGACGACAAUGACACAAGACAGCAACGAUGACUAUAAUAUCACCAAUUUGAAAACAAACAAAACACAACAAAACAAAACUAAACAAACAAGCAAAAAAAAAGAGUUCCGCCUGGUGUCACAUCUGUCCAGGACUUUGAGCAAUGGCUGUUGCUUUCUAUAAAUAGUAUUUGGUUUUAGUCGGUAGGUCCUUCUUCCCACUUUCUUGGGCCUGUGAUAUGUGCUGCAUCCAUAUCCCUCAUCCUUACCGACUGACAGAUGGACCAGACAGUGCAGCAUAAAACAGUGGACUUCUGCCCCUCCCCACGACACAUCUAUCAAUUGGCUGUUUGCCAAAGAUGGCCUACACAAGUGGUCCGCUGACCACUUCAAUUUCCACUAUUACCACUGCUGGCUGCAACACAAUUUUAAAAAAA